GUCGAAGCUGCGUUGCAAACUAUUAAUCAGGCGCCUAUUGAAUCGCUGCUUGUGGAUAUUCGCCAGCUUUGCGAAGCAAACUCUGCGAUCGCAAAGGCAAUUUGUUCUCUAAGCUUAAGUUUGUACGAAGAGACCGGGCAAUUUAAACCUCAGUUUAACGGUAUAGGCGACUGCGCUAGUGCUCAGGCUAAGCCUCCACCCAUUUCGGAAAUCAACAACACGCAAGGCAGUGACCAGGUAACGCUGCACCAGUACAGGUCUAGACAUGGCUUACCGGAGCAUGCAGUUGUGAGGCUUGCACAGUACUGGAUUAAGAAGAGACUAGCGGGAACUAGUCUACUUAAUAUUGUAGAUGAAAAUAGGGUG